AUGGGAAUAUUCAACGCACAAACGUUCGAAGCUGUCUUGAAGCGAUAUUUCAUGAGAAGUGUAAGUUUGUUUCAUUCUGCAAUCAAAAUUUGUUUAAUUCUGAAAUCUAUUGCAAGUUACAGAAAAUACGAGAAGAAGAAUUGCUCAAAUUGUUGAAGAAUCAUGAAAAAUUCGAUACUCUUCGAAAACUUACCGAUUUAAUCGAGAAUUCUGAUGGAAGACUUGAUAGAUUUGCACCAGCUGAAGAAUUAUUGGAAAAGUUGCAAAUUUAUUAUAAUAGUCUUCCCAAAUCCUCAAAAUUGUUGAAUUUGCCAAAUAAUUUGAAUUAUCAAAGUGAACCAAAUAUUUUGACAACAACUCAAGGAUGCAAAUAUAUUUCAAUUGAUGAUUUAUUAUUGAUUAUUUAUCGAAAACUAACAUUCGAAAUAGAUCCGGAGAACAGUAUGUUUGACAGAAUGCUAGAGUUUGUUGCGAUUAAUAUUUAUGAAGAUAAUUUGGAUCAUUAUGAACUUGUUCCAUAUUCGACGGUUGAUGCAACUUGGAUACAACUUCUUGCAGAAAUUGAAAAAAUAAAAGAGGCCAGUUUGAGCUUCUAAAACUCCUGAAUCUUCAUUAUCUUUUUUACUUUUUAGAAUCCGCUGGAUUUUGUUCCAUUCACAGAAUUAUCUGAUAGUGAUUCAUCAUUAUCAAACUUGGUGGAUUUGGCAUCGUCAAAAUAUUCUGAACAACAGAAAUCUGACGCAAUUCAAAUCUCCACAGCUUUCUAUGAACAUUUUAACACGAUGCUCAAGACUCUCAGGUCAAAUCCUGAAGAGGUAAGCAUUUUUCUUCGUGUUAAAAAUGGAAUUGAAAUUUUCAGAAUCGUGUUGUUCGAUUAUUCGGAUCUGAAAAAUCAGCUGCCAAGUUUUUCAUGUGUUAUGAGUUGAAAAUGGCUUUGGAAAAAUGUGAAAAAAUCGAAAUUGAAAUAGAAACAGAAGAAGAUCGAAAAAAUGGAAUUGUUCGAACAAUUUCUUUUGUCGCAACAGAAGAACUUUUGAAAAAAUCUGGAAUUGACAUGGAUUAUCUGAAUGUAAUUUUGAAUUUUUUCUCUAAAAUAAUAAACAUUUAUCGUUUCAGAUUGUUGAAGUUACUAUUGAUGGAGAUUGCGAUUAUUAUAGUGUUAUUUCUCCAUUUGGAAAUCAUUGUAAAUGGUCAAUUCAAGCAAUUUGGGAGAUUUUUGAUGUAAUUAUCAAUAAAUUCAGAUGGUUUGAUACAACAAAAAAAGAAGAUGUUUCCAAAAUUUUCCGAUGGUUUGAAAAAAUUCGACAUAUUUUUAGUGAAACACGGGUUAGUUUUGGUUUCGGGAAGAAGUAAAUCAUUAAAUUCUUUUUCAGGAAUAUCGAUUUUUCAUUGAGAUUUGGAAAAUUGACGAGAUUAUUGAAUUGGCUCACAAAGAUUUACGAAAAUAUUGUACAGUUCCAGCUAUUGAAAUCGAGAAAUCUGUCAAGUUGACUGAAAAAAAUGAAGUUUACGAUGUAUUAAUGAAUAUUUCUACCGGUGUGAAGAUAAACAAAGACUAUUUCGACUCAAAUUAUGAGAUUUAUCAAAAAACGAAUAAUAUUGAAGUGUGGGAUAAACAUGAGAUUCAAGGAUUAUACAAUCGUUAUUGGCAGAUGUUUUUCUUCCAAGGAGAUGCAAAGGUUUUUUGGGGUCUUGAUUAGAAAUACUAUAUUUUUUUAUUUUCAGUUCUGCAGAUUCAGAAGUAUCCAAUUGACUUGUACCACAUUUGAAGGACUUCCAUGUCCAUGUCAGAAAAAAGGUUAUUAAUUUUUGAAAUAGUUUGAAAAAAAUUAAAAAUGUUAUAGAGGCAUCCACCGUGAAAAACGAAGAGACUUCAUCUGAAAAUGCAAAACUUUGUCAAAAAUUUGUCAAACAAUUACCGUGAGUUUUUUUGUUUUAAAAAAUAAUUGAAAUUUCUGAAUAUUUUUAUAGCAAAUUACUUAACUCACCUGAUUUGAACACCAACAAUCCAUCUGCUAUCAUGAAAACUUUCAAAAAUAUUUUUGGUCCAAAUGAAAUUGUUCAACUGGAAUCAGUGAGUUUUUUUUUUAAAAAUCAGAUACAAAAAAAUUAACAUUGUUUUUUUUUCCAGAUGUUCAAGACUGUGGACGCCCAAAAAAUGUUCAAGCAUGCGCAAAAAACGCAAUUGAAGCAACGAGUUCCACAGACAAAUAUGGAAAAGAAAUCUUCUAAAAAUGAAGCUGAAGUUAAAGAACAUACAAAAAUUGUAACGAAAUUUGUAACGGAAACUCGAAUUGUUGAAUCAUGCCAAAAAUGCAGAGAUGUUAAAGAAGAAACUAUGAAUUAUUUGAAUAAAAUUCGAGAUUUAGAUAUGAAAAAUGAGGAAAAUGAGAAGAAUAUCAAGAAAAAAGAUGAAGAUAUUCUAGCUUUGAAAAAUCAAACAUCUCAAAAUAAAUUGAAAUAUCGAGAUGAAAUUCAAAAACACAAAGAUGAUGUGGAAAGUCGAGAUUUGAAAAUAGAACAACUUCAACAAGAACUCAAAGAGUAAGCGUUCAUUGUUUCACAUGUUUUCAUUCGUAAAAAUUAAAAUUAUAGGUUUCGUGAAGAUUUGAAAGCUGAAAGAGAAAAAAUCAAAUAUUGAAGCUCGCAAAAACUCAAAAUUGUAAGUUAUUUUUAUAUUGGUUAAAUAAUUAGAAAUUUUUAGGAUUAACGAUAAAUCGAAAAAGCUGGAAAAUGAAUUGGAAAAUUUGAAGUUUUCGGAUAGAACUAAUAAGAAAAUAAUAAAUGAUUUGCAAAAUGAAAUUACACAUUUGAAAAUCACAAUUGAACAUUUGGAAGGAAAUGAAAAAGAGCUUCAAGAUCAAUUGGAACAUCAGAAAUCAAGAAUUGUAUGUGAUUUUAUUCCAAUUUCGAAACAAGAAAAUGAAGGAUAUAGUUUUGAUUAUGAAACGGCAGAGGAGGAUUUCGAUGAAUUUGAAUUACCCAAGACUGAAUCUGAACCAUACUUGGAGCAACUCCUUACAAUUGAAACGUCAAAAAUUUUCGAAAGUAUUUGCUCAAAAUUCGGAUCAAAAAUCCCCGCAGAAUUGACAAGAUUUCGAAGACAAUUUGAUGUUUAUAUUAAAAUAUUGGAAAUGGAAUUAAGAAAGAAUGCUGAUCUUUCUGGACUUCCUGAAAUUCCCAGCUCAUUUUCAAGCGAUGUUAUGCGAAAGUUCGAGAUUUUUUUGAGAAAUCAAAACGAAGUUGAAGAAAUUCCAAAAAAUGCAUUUUAUAUGUAA